UUUAUUUGCACAUAAUUACACUACACACCAGAAGAAAUCAACCAAACAUCUACUCUUACUACCCAAGUGGGACCCCACUCAGCAGCCGUGGCCCACCUCCGCCGAUUCCGAACCUCAGUUCAGGUCGUCCUCGAAAUCGUGGAUUCAAUUGCGCCGUUGAAUUAAUUGCGAGCCAAAUGAAUCUGAGCCAGGGAGCGGUGCAUCCAGUCGAGGCGCCGCCGCUGCAGACGGAGGGUGCGGGGAACGUGCCGCUGCCGCGCGUGCGGAUGAAGGAUCUCCAAGGCAUGCCGGGGACGGUCGGCGGUCUGGUGUUGCGCGUCUGUCAGUUUCUCUUCGCGGCGGUGGCGCUCGCCGUUAUGGCAACCACCAGUGACUUCCCGUCGGUCACCGCCUUCUGCUACCUUGUUGCUGCUACUGGUUUGCAGAGCAUAUGGAGCAUUUUAUUAGGAAUUACUGAUGCUUAUGCACUUCUUGUGGGACGCCGUUUGCAGAAUCCUCAAGCUGUUAGGUUAUUUGCUGUUGGUGAUGGGGUUACUUCUAACCUAACGUUUGCUGCAGCAUGUGCAUCAGCAGGCAUUACUGUUCUGAUUGGGAACGAUCUGGCCGCCUGUAGUAAAAAUCAUUGCACAGAAUUUGAAACUGCUACAGCUAUGGCCUUCCUCAGUUGGUUUGCCGCAUUGCCUUCUUUCUUGUUAAAUUUUUGGUCAUUGGCAUCACGAUGAAAAUAACUAAUAUCCUGUGAUCACAGACAUAAUUUUUGUGUUGAAGAACUCUAUCAUGUGCAGUAGUAUUUCUCUUCUUCGUUCUCCAGUUUAAUGUAAUCAAUCCACCGUGCUCUGUGUGAUUAUUAAUGUGUACAGUACAACUCCAAAACCAGUGCUCCCUUGUAUAUAAACAGUGCUAGUUGAAUGCUGUCUUGUGUAUGAGGAUUGGUUUGGCUAUCAAGUCAAGUAAUGUAGGAAAGAGAUAGUACUUUCCUCAUUGAAUAACGCCAAUGUGAUUUAGCCUUUGUUUA